AUGCCUGCAAAGAACUAUCCCUCUGAUGUCGAGAAUGGCAUCGACUCCAGAGAUGCCAACACUGAGUCUGGAUAUGUGAGCGGGGGCUCCAGUGAGGAAUACGUCCCCGAGAUAGUCUUCACCAAGCCUCAUCUUCAAUUCCUAAACCGUCAACUGCAAUUUCUCGAGCCUCAAGAAAUCCUGAGAUGGUGUAUCACAUCACUGCCUCACCUGUUCCAGACCACUGCCUUUGGCUUGACGGGUCUGGUCACAUUGGACAUGAUGUCAAAACUGAAUGUGCCACGCCCUCAAAUGGUUGACCUCAUCUUCCUUGACACCCUUCACCACUUCUCCGAGACCCUGAGCCUUGUGGACAAGGUCCGGAAACGCUACCCACUCAACAACAUCCAUGUCUACAAGCCCUUGGGUGCCGACACUCCUGCCGAGUUCGAGUCCAAGUAUGGAGCUCGUCUUUGGGAGGCUGACGACCAGCUGUAUGACUGGGUGGCCAAGGUUGAGCCCGCUCAGCGUGCCUACAGAGAGUUGAAUGUUCACGCUGUUCUCACUGGUCGUCGCCGUAGCCAGGGUGGUAAGCGUGGCGACCUGGACGUCAUCGAGGUCGAUGAAGCAGGCUUGAUCAAGAUCAACCCCUUGGCCAACUGGUCGUUUGAACAAGUCAAGGCCUACGUGAAGGAGCACAACGUGCCUUACAACGAGCUCCUUGACCGAGGCUACAAGAGCAUUGGUGACUGGCACUCCACACAGCCUGUCGCUGAAAAUGAGGACGAGCGCUCUGGUCGCUGGAAGGGUCAGCAGAAGACCGAAUGUGGAAUCCACAAUCCUCGCUCCAAAUAUGCCCAGUACUUGAUGGAGAUGGAGCGUAAGCGACAAGAAGAGGCCAUGACCCAGGCACUGCAGUCAUCUCUUGCUUCCGCCGCCCAGUAA